GUACAAAUGUAUGUGACAUACAUUUCUGUAUGUAGGAUUGCUUAGGGGGUGAGGCUGUCAUGUUACUCAUGUUUUUGCGUUUUUGCUCUAUAUUUAUGUUCAAGCGAAGGGUGUGCUAAUCUCCAGAUAGGUCAGUUUAAUAAACCUAUCAGUAAUGUAUCUGCCACACACUCAGAUUGCAUGUGUGUGUGACUGUGAGAGAGCAGUGGUUUGGAUUGCGCAGUGUUAUCCCUCUCUCCUUCACUCGCACAUGACCUGUAAUACUCCAUAUGGCCUGAUGUCGUCUAUCCUUCCUAAUCUCUCUCUCUCUCUCUGUCUCUCUCUGUCUCUCUCUCCCUCCCCGAGGUUUUAUAGGCAGCAGUGAGAAGUCAGAUUUCUGCAUUCACACAGAGACAACAGGUGUCAGUGUCUCCCAUUGCAGUGAAAACACUUGUGACGCUUGAAUCAGCUGACAGUAACAAGGAGUAUCUGCUACGGUGACGGUAGCAUUAAAAAAGAGGUGUUGAGGACAUUUUACAUUUUACUGAAGCGCAGAUUGGACGUAGCUGCAGACAUUGAUGGAUACUAUGGUGUGUCCAAUGGGUGGAGGAGCCACCAGGCUGUACAGCGCUCUGACUCAGGUCCUCAGCGGCGACUCUCCUCUCCCCCUGCCUCCCCCCCACCUGGACCCCAACCAGCCUGCAGACACAAACCUGGAUCCGGAUUUCUGCCAGGAGCAGAGGGGGUCCCCUGUAUGUCCCCCUGAUCCGGUGGAGCUGCUUCGACAGUGUAAGGAGGCCCUCAGAGACAGACCACCUCGCUUCCACAGGAAGUUCAUUAACAUUAAUGAUGGAGACAGUGCCCCCAGCAGCCCCAUUAGAGUGAUGCAGUGGAACGUACUAGCACAAGCCCUGGGCGAGGGACUUGACAGUUUCGUCCAGUGUCCCCUGGAGGCCCUCAGCUGGUCCCGCAGGAAGUAUCUCAUCUUAGAGGAGAUCCUCACCCACCGACCUCAUAUCCUGUGUCUGCAGGAAGUUGACCACUACUAUGACACCUUCCAGCCGGUUCUGGCAGGCCUGGGUUACAACGGUAGCUUCUGCCCCAAACCCUGGUCGCCGUGCUUGGAUGUGGAGGGCAACAACGGCCCAGAUGGCUGCGCGCUGUUCUUUGAUCAGUCGCGAUUUGAGCUCCUGGAUAACAUGAACUUAAGGCUCUCUGCCAUGAGGAUUCCAACCAACCAGGUCGCCGUAGUGGUGAUGCUACGCUGUCGGAGCACAGCAAGAUGCGUGUGCGUGGCCGUGACCCACCUGAAAGCCCGCUCUGGCUGGGAGUGGCUCCGCAGCGCUCAGGGCUGCGACCUCCUGCGACACCUCCAGAAUCUGGUCCAGAAACACGCCGGCGGUCCCACGGGUGACCCCAGCUCUGACAUUCCUCUGCUCAUAUGCGGCGAUUUCAACGCAAUCCCAACUGAGGAGGUGUACCGACGCUUCAUUACGUCGCCUCUCAGUUUGGACUCGGCCUAUAAGAAACUCAGCCAAGACGGGUUGACAGAGCCAGAGUACACAACAUGGAAGAUUCGGCCUACAGGUGAAUGUUGUACCACUCUGGACUACAUCUGGUACAGUCAGGACACGCUGAGAGUGGACGCUGUUUUGGACAUGCCUACUGAGGAACAGAUUGGACCAAACAGACUUCCGUCCUUUAGCUAUCCGUCUGACCACCUCUCUCUGGUUUGUGACUUCAGUCUUAAGGAGAAAGAGUGAGAAGGAGGUGACGAAUCGGCGCACAAGAGGGGACGACGAGUCGCGAUCGACUCCUGGUUGGCUUCACUCCGCGAGCAAGGCGCGCAGACGAGACGCCACGUGUGAGUGAAACGAUGAGGGUGAAGACAGGAGGCCGAGAAACCAGAGUGGGGAACAGAAAAGUCUGGCCAUUUAUGAUGUUGACGUUGCAGAGUUACACGCUGCAGUGAUGCAGUGUCUACCUCCCCAAACCUCUAACACUGCGCUUGUGUUUUCUACACCAGGUGACUGUCCUCUACCUUCAUCUGUGCUCAAACACAAGCUGCAUCAGGAAACGAAUGAAUAGGAUUUGAGCUUUUUUUGUUUGUAUUAGUUUAUAAUAAUCCUAAAAUUAAGCUGUGUUUAAUCCAAAAUGUAGUAAAUGUGCUUUGCACUGCCAAUGUACCAGUGACUGAGAAUAAAGUAUUUCUGCUGUUCACUUGUGCUUUUGAUUACUCUUACUUUU